CAAUCACCAUAAAACAAAGUGCCCACCUCCCCGGUCCAGCACCCUUAGAAGUGACAGGAGCCACAGCUGAGCCCGCCGGCUUGUGUUCUGACGCCGCUGCUGCUCUGUUCCUACAGAACUGGGAGUUUUUCCUUCUGAGGCCAAACAGCGCAAGAUGUUUCUGGAGAUGCUGAACCCGGUGCACUAUAACGUCACCAUCACAGUCCCGGAAGCAAUGCCUGUCAGUGCCAUGCCGCUCCUGCUGAUCAUGGGCCUCCUCUUCUUGAUUUGGAAUUAUGAGAGCACGUCUUCAAUACCAGGUCCUGGCUACUGUCUGGGAAUUGGGCCCCUCAUCUCCCACGGCAGAUUCUUGUGGAUGGGGAUUGGAAGUGCCUGCAACUACUACAACAAGCUAUACGGAGAGUUCACGAGAGUCUGGAUCAGUGGAGAGGAGACGCUCGUUAUCAGCAAGUCCUCAAGUAUGUUCCACGUGAUGAAGCACAGCAACUACAUCUCCAGGUUCGGCAGCAAGCGCGGACUGCAGUGCAUCGGCAUGCACGAGAACGGCAUCAUAUUCAACAACAAUCCGGAGCUCUGGAAAACAAUUCGCCCUUUCUUCAUGAAAGCCCUGACAGGCCCAGGUCUCGUUCGGAUGGUAGAGGUUUGUGUGGAGUCCAUCAAGCGGCACUUGGACAGGCUGGACGAAGUCACUGACAGUUCAGGCCACGUGGACGUGUUGACUUUCAUGAGGCACAUCAUGCUGGACACCUCUAACAUGCUCUUCCUGGGGAUCCCCCUGGACGAAAGUUCCAUUGUGAAAAAAAUCCAGGGUUAUUUCAACGCAUGGCAAGCUCUCCUCAUCAAACCAAAUAUCUUCUUCAAGAUCUCUUGGCUCUACAGGAAGUAUGAAAGAUCCGUCAAGGACUUGAAAGACGAGAUAGCUGUUUUGGUGGAAGAAAAAAGACACAAAGUUUCCACAGCGGAGAAACUGGAAGACUGCAUGGAUUUUGCCACUGAUUUGAUUUUUGCUGAGCGACGCGGAGACCUGACGAAAGAGAACGUGAACCAGUGUGUCCUGGAGAUGCUGAUCGCAGCGCCUGACACCAUGUCUGUCACCCUGUACUUCAUGCUCCUUCUCAUUGCAGAGCACCCUGAGGUUGAAAAGGCAAUCCUGAAGGAAAUCCACACUGUCGUUGGUGACAGAGACAUAAGAAUCGAUGACAUCCAGAAUUUAAAAAUGGUAGAAAACUUCAUUAAUGAAAGCAUGCGGUUCCAGCCCGUUGUGAACUUGGUCAUGCGCAGAGCCCUGGAAGAUGAUGUCAUUGAUGGUUACCCGGUUAAGAAAGGAACUAACAUCAUCCUGAAUAUCGGAAGAAUGCACAGGCUGGAAUAUUUCCCCAAGCCCAAUGAAUUUACCCUUGAAAACUUCGAGAAGAAUGUUCCCUACAGGUAUUUUCAGCCAUUUGGCUUCGGGCCCCGCAGCUGUGCCGGGAAGUACAUCGCCAUGGUGAUGAUGAAGGUUGUCCUGGUUACACUUCUGAAACGGUUCCAGGUGAAGAUCUUGCAAAAGAGGAGCAUCGAAAACAUGCCGAAAAAGAAUGACCUGUCCUUGCACCCAAAUGAGGACCACCACCUUGUGGAGAUAAUGUUCUCUCCAAGGAAUUCAGACAAGUACCUCAAACAGUAAAAAAGCAUGGUCGGUGUCUACUCCGGAGCAUCACUUAUCAGUAGUUACACGGAAAUCAUCCAUGUCAGCAAGCCGGUGGCAUCAGCUCCACAGCGAACAUUUGAUGGUCUGAAACAUUUUAUGAUCACAGCUGCAGUUUGUCAGCAAGAUGGGCAUCCAUCCAGACAGCCGGGAUGCAAAAGAAAGGAGUUUGUAUUGGAGAUCAGUGAAGAAACUGAAGCCUUAAAGGACCGAUUCUACAAAAUAUACCUUAGGAAAGACAGGCCAUCAGCAAAACCUGUCUGGCCUUCUGCUAGAGUUCCACCGCUCUUGUCAGCACAGCAAGGUGACUCUGGCAGAGGGACUCAAGUUGUUAGAAAGGCCAGACACACAUACCAGCAUGCGGGGCCAGGCAUACCUGAAACUGUGGGUAAAUGAAUAAAGGAACUUCCAUUUGUGUGCAGGUGUGCAUGUGUGUGUGUGUGUGUGUGUGAGAGAGAGAGAGAGAGAGAGAGAGAGAGAGAGAGAGAGAUGCGUGGGAGCGCGAGUGUGUAUGUAUGUGAGCGCAAGGUGAGGGUAGGUUGGAAGUAACAAUCUAGACUCUUGCAGUUAAGCCCGGUUCCUUAUGAUGGAUCCACAUGUAAACUGUUCAGGGCAAACGUUAACCGUGAGGGUGUCCUUUCAUACCCUCGAUUCAUGCUCCCAGACAUGUAGUUUGACUGUAGUAGGCAUAGAUUCAGAUAAAGCAUACCUAAUUAGUAUUAGCCCGAGUAAAACAUAGCCAGGGCUGUAUGUGUGGUGUGGGGGACAGUCACGUGGUGCGGUCAGGUAAAUACGUCUUUUUCUUUCUGUAAUGUUUGCACCGCUGCUGAGUUUCGUGAGUGGUUUGAGGAGAGGAGAUUUCCAUCUUCGUCUACUACAGCAGCCCAGCAGGCCUCGACUUCUAAAGAGGUAGUUUUCCCUUUGACAGAUCUUCUUACCUUCCCCCCAUGACCCCAUUUUUUUUUCAAAGAAAAAGGGUCAAACCCUCACAAAUCAU